AAGGCUUCCUGAAAUUGAAUUAUUGGUGGAAAGUGCGACUACCCCCAAAGAAAGGAUGAGCAAAGGUUCUAAAGUUUGUUAUUUUAUGGAUACCGAUAUCGGAGGAUAUUAUUAUGGUCAGCAUCACCCUAUGAAACCUCACAGACUUGCAAUGACGCACAACUUGAUGCUUGCAUAUGGACUUCACCAACAUUUGGACGUCUAUAGAGCAAGAUUAGCAACAACAGAAGAGUUGACUACCUUUCACUCUUCGGAAUAUAUCGAUUUUCUGAGAAGAAUCAACCCCGACAACGCUCAAGAGUUUGUAAAACAACUCCAAAAGUUCAACGUUGGUCGGACUGGUGGAGAUAACCCCAUUUUUGAUGGCCUGUAUGACUAUUGUUGUCUUUAUGCGAGCGGAAGUAUCGAUGGUGCCAAGAAACUACUGACAGGAAAGGCGCAAAUUGCCAUCAACUGGGCAGGAGGACUUCAUCACGCAAAGAAAAGUGAGGCUUCAGGGUUCUGUUAUGUGAAUGAUAUUGUUUUAGCCAUUUUAGAGUUUUUGAAGUAUUGGCCUCGUGUUGUAUAUAUUGAUAUAGAUGUACAUCACGGCGAUGGAGUAGAGGAGGCAUUUUAUGUGACCGACAGAGUGAUGACUGUCUCUUUUCACAAAUACGGCGACAACUUCUUUCCCGGAACUGGUGACAUAUGGGAUAAGGGUUCCGGAGCAGGAGAAUAUUAUGCGGUAAAUGUUCCUUUGAAAGAUGGCAUAGAUGACGAAAGCUAUUUUCAAAUAUUUAAACCAGUUGUGGAGAAAGUAUUUGAAACAUUUCAACCCAGCGCAGUAGUUUUACAAUGUGGGACAGACUCGUUGGCUCGUGACCGACUAGGAGGCUUCAAUCUGACUGUAAAAGGUCACGCUCGUUGCGUCCAGUUUGUAAAAAGUUUCGGAGUUCCAAUGUUGGUGGUAGGAGGUGGAGGAUAUAACAUUCGUAGUGUAGCACGAUGUUGGUUACAUGAGACAAGUGUUUUGUUGGAUAGGGAAGUUGACGAUAGAAUACCAUACAAUGAUUAUUGGGAAUACUUUGCACCCGAAUAUCGUAUUCAUCAGCCUCCUCUUGACUUGCCGAAUAAGAAUGAUCCCGAGUAUUUGGACAAAGUUCGCUCCAAAGUUCUCGAAAACAUACGCCAUCUUGCGUGUGCUCCUAGUGUACAAAUGCAAGAGAUUCCACCCAUGAUGUACGAUGUCGAUGAAGAGGACGAAACAGAUCCCGAUGUUCGAGGAGGAAAAGGUGUCGAGUCGAGUGACAAUUAUUGGGUUUGAAGUAUCGACGCCAAAGAAACGGGAGAGAAGUAUUUGUCCAAUUGUCCGUAUAUGACGUUUGUGACAAAGCAAGAUGUUUUUUCCAACAUGGAAAAGUGACGGAUAGUUUGAUAUGGAUGAUUUCCCUAUUAAGAAUAUUCAUAAAUAAUAUUCAUACUUACGAUUGACGACGAUAUCAUAUGUUUCCAGAUUUUACCGGUGAGAUGUAAUCAAUUAGUGUUAUACUAUCUUGUUCGUCUUUGAAUCUCGCUUGAAGAAAAUUGGUUACCCAAUAGAAAGCUGGAUGGAGGAUCAGCAAAGCCAUUUUUUCCAAAUGAAGGAGGAAACUUUCAAUAGAAUACAUACGAAAAAAUGAUUUAUGAAUAGGACAGAAAAAUUACCAACUUUUCAUGACGCGUUCGUGAAACUUAAUAUAAACUUGAUAAUUUGACACAGUCAACUAGGCUAGGUUAGAAAACUCUCAAAGAUUGGGCUUUUCUGAGUAAAAGUUUCAUGAAACACCUUCAUGAGUCUUUAGCUAUCUACUAGCCAAGUAAUAAUGGUCUUGAAGUGUUUUGUCAGUAGCUAACAUUACUAGGUUGGUCCAUUUUCAACGAGACUGUUUUCUGCACCAAAGAAAAAAUGAAAAUUUUGA